UGGAAAUCAUUAAAUAUAAUAUUCCCCAGAUAAUGACUCCUCAGAACUAAUUCGAUGCUGUUACUUGCAUUAAUGGUAAUUAAAGUGGGUAGAAUGAACGGCAAACAUUUUGCAAUGGUAGCUGAACAGAAAAGGUUUAAGUUUGUCCUUCCAUGCACAGGUGUUUGACAGAAUAAUACCUUUUUGGUCACGUACAUUCAUGGCGCGGCAGAUAUAAUUACCUUAUAAAAAUACUUUACAAAGGCAGCUUUAUUUCAGCCAUGAGUCGACAGCUCAUCAGCAGGUCCAGUACGCAGAACAGACAAAUUCAUUUUGUAGACGUCUUACGUAACAGUGAAAAACUUCAUGCCGAUUCACUUUUUGACCAAUUUGAAAACUGGUCUGGAAUAAUAAGGAUUAUUAAAGCACCCUUUCAUUUCCGGCAAAUGUAAGUAAGGUACUUGCAAAAAGCAGCAAAAAAAAUUUGAAAGAGCGAAAGUUUACAAACUAUUACUAAACGUUCAAAUAACGCCGCUCCUACGUGAGUAAUUGUUGAUACUUUUCCCGAUUGCAUAGGAGGCCAAGCUAUGUAGAAAUAGUAAUGCUAACAGCUCAAAGCUCAGCAUUACUCAGUUGUCCUCAAAAGAAUGCAUUUCACAAAGACACGAAGCUGCCGGUCAACUAUGCCAUUGAUGCUUCUACUAAUUGUUCUAACUGCUGGUGCCUGGUGUGCUUCCAGCUCCAAGCCGUUAGAAAAGCGGAGUCUCGCUUUGGACGUCUAUCCCGAAGCCAGCAUUCCAUGGGCUAUAACGAGUGGCCCGCGAGCUUUGAACGGAGGGCCUUGGAACCUUGGUUGGCCCACUUGGAGUGGGGGACACACCUCGCUGGGAAUCGGGCCGACACCCAACGAAGUUGCACACGCUAUUUCGGUAGCUAAGCAGGCCUCAGCCAAUGUUCUUAUAGCGCAGCAGCAUUUACAAGCGGCUAAGGAAAACGUGUUAAAUCAGCAACGCAUCGCCACGGAAAGACAAACUCAGGCAGUAAUACUGAAGCAAAAGUCUCAGGCGGCGGCUGCGAUUCAACGUUCUGAGGCGAUACAGCAGCGUCUUGCUGCCUCAAAGGCAGCUGUGGCACAUGCUGCUGCUCAUGCAGCUGCUGCGGAAAUCCAGAAAACCGAACAUGAGGCGGCCAAGCUUGGCCACUUCACAAGAAACGCGCACCCGGGAGUUGGUAAUCCACUCCCUACUAUUGGAUCGGGAAAUAAUAAUUUUUCGCCCUCCAAUGUAGAAACGAUCGGAUUUGGGCAUUGGCUCUCUGGCAGUACCGCAGGGAAAUCUGUCAAUAAUUGGUACUGA